AUUUGGUCAAUCGGUAGAAUUUCGUGUAGUCCUAUCGCAAUACGUAAUAUUUGAGCGAUUUAUAUUAUUUGGCGACGGAGAUUUUGCAAUCAAGUUGCUGACUAGCUAUGGAUCCAGUUAAAUUAGAAGAAUUGUUCAAACAACAGCUGAAGCUGAUGGAGAUGCUCACUCAGACGCAGAUUUCUUCUCGAGUCUCAUGUACACCAACAAUCCUUCAAUCAGUCGACGGUAUUACCAGUGGUAUUUCAGAGUUUCUUUAUGAUCCUGAUGCCAAUAUUACAUUUGAUACCUGGUUCAGAUGUUAUGAAGAUCUUUUUAAAGUCGACCUUGCUGACAGAGAUGAUUCGUGGAAGAUGCGUCUUCUCCUUCGGAAACUUGGUCCAUCAGAGCUUGAUAAGUAUUACUACUUCAUUCUACCGCAGAACCCACGAGACCGUUCCUUCGAUGCCACUGUUAAAACUCUCAGUCAACUUUUUGGUGACCAUCAUUCACUGUUCAAUACGCGUUAUCGCUGUUUAAAACUGGUCAUGAACGAGUCCGAUGACUUCUUAACCCAUGUUUUCAUUGUCAACCGUGAGUGCGAACGGUUCAAACUCAAAUCCCUUACCGACGACCAAUUCGAAUCCCUCGUAUUCAUAUGUAGUCUUCAGUCACCCGAAUUCUCCGACAUCAGAACUCGAUUGCUGAACCGCCUUGAACAAGAUCCAACGCCGACACUUAAUGCAAUCACCGACGAGUAUCAACGCAUUGUCAACUUGCAGCGUGACACCACUUUGGUCCAAUCUGGGGGCCAGGGUGGUUCCGAAGUUCACGCUAUUCAACGUCAGAACAAAUCUUCGAGAUCGACAACCUAUGGUCCUUCGAAAGCCAGUGCUCCUUCUUUCUCUAGUCACUCCAGACCGGUUCAGAAGAAGCGGUUAAUAAUUUCAACUUUUUCUUUGGCAUCUCUUGGCCGUAGUUGAUUAUAAUGCCUGGUCCAGAUCUCUUGGUUCACUUCAACAUCAUACAUGACGUUACCUUGUCUCUUCGUGAUUUCGCCCUUUAUCCAUCUACCAUAUCCAUGUCUAUAGUCCCGCACAUAC